AUUAGAACCACAAAUACAUAAGCCGACAAGCGUCUUUCUUAACAUUUCUAAUAAGUGAUUGGCGUAAAAAUAUAUAUAUAUACUUACUUGGCUCCGAGGCACUUCGAGGACAGUUUAAACGAUUUCCAAUUGACGUACCUUAAAUUCCUAAAAAUUACUCAAAAACUUACAUUUUUACUUUAUUCCUUUCAAAAUUGCGAAUCUCUCUUUCAACAGAAAAGAGAUGAUCUUUGGAGUACCGUAAAACAACCUCAGAACACAAAAAAAAGAUACGCCGGGAAUCCCAAAAAGAAUCCAAUCCUGAGGCAAUCAGGAACAAUUGUAGUUUCCCGAAGGUGCUAAAAACAAACUUAAGGAAUCAUGGUCGUUUUAAGUAAUUUCUCAGCACCGCAGGAAGGUAUUCGCCAUGAGGAACCAGAUACCACUGUUUUUAUUAAUGAUAAGAAACUUGGGAAGGGUACAUUGUAUAUAACGGACAGUGUACUAUCAUGGAUGGAUAGUGAAACACAGGAAGGAUUCUCUUUGGAAUAUCCAAGCAUAUCAUUACAUGCUAUUUCUAGAGAUGAACAAGCUCAUCCUCGCCAUUGUCUUUAUGUGAUGGUUGAUUCGAAGGUGGACCUACCAGGAAGUGCAUCUUCACUGGAUAACAGCUCUGAGCAUGAUUCCGAGGACUCUAAUUCUUCAGCUUCAAUAACAGAAAUGAGAUUUGCGCCCGAUAACACAAAUAAUUUGGAUGCUAUGUUUCAAGCUAUGAACCAGUGUCAGGCUCUACAUCCUGAUCCACAAGACAGCUUCUCCGGAGCUGAAGAUGAGGACAUUUACGAAGAUGCCGAAGAGGAUGAAUUCGAUUACUAUGAAGUGGGUGCAGGAGAUCCACCAUAUUUACUACCUUCAGCCUUUGAUUCUUUGGAAAUUGCACCAAGUCACAAUGGCACUGAAUCAGAAGAAAAUAUGGACGUAGAAGCAGGACAAUUCGAAGAUGCCGAAGAGGAUCCUUAAGCGAAAAUUCCCCGAGACAAUUGACGUAAUCUCCACAUUAUCCAGCUAGUACACAUACAUUUAGUUUCGAUUAUUUGAAAAUCUAAUUGUGAGUUUUGUGUAUUUGAAUACGUACGUAAUCUACGACCAUUUACAAUGUUAUAACGGUACGUAAUCCCUUCUUUGAACCACAAUACCGUCACGGCUCAGAGGCAUGAAUGAGAAAAAUGAGACCCUUUUAUUUAUCUUCUUUUUGUACAUGGUAAUAAUAACUUCUUCAGUAAAAAUAAAUGUAACAUGAAUAUA